GCAUGGCGGAGUGUUUAGCAAAGAAAAUAGGAGUGGUUUCAGAAGAUGAGUCUUACGACGUGAACAAAGCGAAAGAGCUCAUGGUGGGUAAACUGGAGGAAGAAUGGCAAAAAGAACUUUUAAAUAAAGCGUUCGAUGCAUGCGGAGAUAUGAAAGUGGACGUGUCGUGGAAAGAUGACCCCGAACCCUACAAAUGCAAUCCGCAGGCAUUGCAGAUGAAACACUGCAUAUGGAGGCAGCUUGAGCUGAAUUGUCCAGAAGAACGCAGAAGUCAUGAUAAACGUUGCGAGAUUAUGAGGGAGAACCUUGCAAAAAGUCAAGAGCAGCAGAAAUAAUAAAAUUUUAACAAUUUAAAGGUUUACCUCAAAUCUAUGUACUAGAUAAAGAAACAUAAUUAUUAGAUACAUUAAAUAAUUAAAUAAAAAAUAAAUUUUCAUUUACUCCUAUAGCAAAUU